AUGGCACCUAGGAUUCCUUUUUUUGGUCGUCGCCAGAAUCGGGAAUCAGAGGUACCACCAUAUAAUCAGCAACAGCAGCAGCAACAAUAUCAACAACAAUAUCAACAACAGCGAGAAGAUGCACCUCCUAAUCCUGGUCUACUGGCCUACAUGCCAGCCGUCGACGAUGAUAGGGACAGUCCACCUUCAGGGAGAAACACGACUUUUCCGGCCUGUCAUCUAGAUCUGCAAGGUCUUGGGAAAAUGGGAGAAGUGGGGUAUCACACUAGAAUGUCUUUUGCUUCUUUCCCCAACCUUCUACUCGUGAUUAAACUUGAUUCAUUCCACUCACUCGGAUCUAGAAGUAAUUUUGAAUCUUGCUAA